AUGCCUCAAAGACUUAAAAAUGCUAAAUCUGCAAAGCCAGAAAACACAGAAACAUCAACAGUAUUACAUCAUCAAAAAGAAAAUCAAGAACAGCCUCUACAACAACAAUCACAAAUAGUAAAAAAUCGAUUAUUGUAUCAUUCUUUAAAUCCAUUUCACUAUAAUAAUAUUGAUAAUCCACAUUAUCAUCAUCAUGGUAAUAAUGAUGUUGAUAUUUUAAAUACAUUUAAUAGUAAUGAUUUUCCAUCACGUAUACCAUAUGAUACCAUACAUCAAAUAUUACGUGAUGAAGAUAAUAAUAUUCUAAGUAAUUCCAUCUAUUGGAAUAGUGGUAUAUUAAGUGAUUCAAAUAAUGAUGAUACAUCAAGGUCAUCACAUAGUUUUAAAUUUACUAAUAAUAAUAAUAAACCAUUGAUUGUACAAAAUCGACAAGAUUUAAAAAAUAAAGAUCAACAAAAACAACAACAGCAAUCACAAUUACAACAAUAUCGAAGUAAUACUGGUAAUAAAAUAUCACAUACAAUUGGUGGAAAUUAUUAUAAUUUAAAAAAUGAAAUCAAUAAUAAUAAUGAUAAUGAUGAUAAUCAGAAGAUUUUUAAGGAACCAUUUUAUAAUUUAAUUAAUAUUGAAACAUUAAUUUUAUCAUAUAAUAAUAUACAUAAAAUUGAUUUUGAUACAUUUUUGGUAUUGCCAAAUUUACAAUAUUUAGAUUUAUCAAAUAAUAAUAUACAUGGUGAAUCAGUUAAAUCAUUAUCUGGUAUACCAGAUUUAAUUGGUCUAUCACUUGCAUAUAAUUAUGAAUUGGGUGAUUCAUUACAAGAAUUUGUUGCAUCAUGGAGUUUAAAAGAAUUAGAUAUCAGUGGUACUGGUUUAUGUCGUAUACCAGCUGCUUUAGCACAAUCAGUUAGAGCAUUAAAAUUGAAAGAUAAUUGGUUAGCGACAAUAAAUUGCGGUGACUUAGAUAGCUACCCAUUAUUACAAUACUUGGAUCUAUCAUAUAGUAAUAUUGAUGAUAUUGAAGAUGAUGCACUUGGUCGUUUAGAAAUGUUAGAAACAUUAUUUUUAGACCACAACAAUUUAAAAAGGAUACCAAUAAGUCUUCCCACUAGUUUAGAAAAUUUAUUUUUACAAUAUAAUCAAAUAAUUGAAAUACAACCACAAUAUUUUCAAGGAUUAAUAAAUUUAAAAGUAUUAGAUUUAUCGGGUAAUAAAUUAUUAUAUUUACCUGGUUUACCAUUGCCAAAGCUAUUAACGUUAAAUUUACAAUCAGCUGAAUUAAAAGGAUUAAGUCAAUCACUAGUUAAAGAAUCGCCAAAAUUACGUGAUCUAUAUUUAGAUGAUAAUCCUAUUAAAUGUUCUGAUUUAUUGGGCAUUGCAGAAUGGGCAAAUGGAUGUCAUGAAGAAAAUUUAUACAAUACUGCUAAUAAUAAUGCCAUAUUAAAUAAUUUUGCAUCUGUAUCAAGUUUGACAACACCAUCAACAUCAUCUAAUCGAUUAAAUAUUGAACAACCGAUAAUACCAAAAGAAUUAAAAAAUAUUAUUGAAAAUUCGUAUAAAUAUUUUGAGAAAUUUAAUGAAAAUAAUGAUAACUUUUUGAAUAAUAAUUUGCAAGGUUGUUGUCAGCAAAAUGAAUAUGAAGAAAUUCGAAAUAAGUUGAAAUCAAAACGUCCGAACUGUGUUGAACUGAGAGCUUUGAAGGACCGGCAAAUGAAAUUACAUCAGAUACAAAUGUUAAUGCAACAAGAAAAUACGGCAAGAGAAAUUUAUGAAAAGAAUAUUUUAAAUAAAAAUAAUAUGAAAGAAUAUCAAAAUUCAGAUGAAUAUGUGGCCGAUGAAGGUACGAUUUCAAAUAAUUUCAAAAAUCUCAAAGAUGAUGACCAAACAACUAUGAAUUACAAUCAGUCUGGCAAUCGAGAAUACAUCACAAAAGAAAUAGAUAGCAAAAAAAAAUUGGAACAAUAUUUAGAAUCGGAAAAAUUUGAGAAUAAACCAUUACAAGCCGAAAACAAUGACAAAACAAUAAAAAACCCCAUUUAUUCAGACACUACGAAUAUUUCAAGUGAAAAAUUAUCCACUCUUAAUAUAUAUUCUAUGAAUAAAUUUCCAGAAUCAAAAGAAAAUACUGUAACGACUCCAGCAACGACUAUAUCAGAAACAGUAACAUUAAUUCCAAUAAAAUCAGCAUUUUUAAAUAAACCAGACAAUGAUUAUGUCGAGACAAUUCCUACUUUUAGCCAAAAAUCAACCGAAAACCAUACAACAAAUUCAAACAUUAAUAUUUAUAAUGCAGACAGUUUCCGUUUAAAUUUAACAUCUUUAUCUGGAGCAAAUAAAAUAGCUAUAAAAAAUCCAAUAAUAAAUAUAACUACAAUAGAAACAACAGACAUUCCAUUUUCUUCUAAUGAUAAAUUUUUUGGCCAGAAAAAUUUUUCAAAAUAUCAUCAAAUCGAAAAACAACAGGAUGUUGAACAAAUUGCAAAUAUAUCUAGUUUAAGUUCUUUUUUCUCUACUGAAACAGGAAGUAAGAUAAAUCGAAACGAGUUAAAAGUAGGACAACAGCCAAAUAAUGCUAAUGGAAUGAACAUGAACUCAAUUACAUUUAAAAUAACUACAGAAAACCAACAACCACAGCAGCAACAAAAUUUAUCGAACGAACAAAAACAACAACCCGAGCAAAUAAACAGAAUAUUGCCUGGAUUUUUUGCAAAUAUACCUAAAUCAUCAAUUGAAAAUAAAAUCAAUAGCAUGAAUAACAAUAAUAAUAGUAAGAAUAGUUAUAAUAGUAGUGGUAUUGAUAACAAAAAUCAUUCUACCUUAGAAAAUAUAUUUGACUUAUUGCCAAAUUAUCCUGAAAUACAAAUGAAUAUGAAUGAUACUAAUAUCGAUAUUGUUUCAAGCCUUAAAAACCAAAAGAAUAGCUAUAAUGACAAUUACAAAUAUAAUAAAAACAAUGAUAACAUAAACUAUAACAAAAGAAAUAAUGUAAAUAAAACAUUUUCACUAUUAAAUGAUAGUGCUGCUGAUGAUGAUGUUGAUAUUGAUAAAAAUUUAAAUUCAAAUAAUGAAAAACCACAAAUAAUACAACAGCAGGAGGAAAAACAAAACCAAGUACUAAAAUCUCCAAUAUCAAGGAUAAAUGAUACAGAAGAAAUUUUAACAACAUAUUCAUCUUUUACCUUAACUCCAAUUAUGAGUAAAAAUUUACAUAAAAUAGAUAGUAUUGAUGAGGAUGAUGUUGUUGUCUUAACACAAAAUAAUGUAACAUGGAGUACUAAUAACGGUACAAUAAUAAAAGAUAGGCGUUUAUAUGCUGCCGGGAAAACACUUAAAGACGAGCACUUUUAUGACUUUCUUCAGAGAAAUGAAACAACGACGGGAAAAGUUAAUGACAAGAGUAAAUCUAAAUUAUCAUCAUCAUUAGUUGAACAAAUACCAAUGGCGCCACAAAAUGUUCCCCAAAAUUUAAGCAACAAUAAACACAAUUCUAAUGACAAGAAAAGCAAUAAUCACAAUAACAACAAAAGUUUCAGCAAUAAUCAUAGUCGAACUAAAAAAGAUUUCUCAAAGAAAUUCGAUCAAAUAAAUCGUUCCAAAUUAAAGAGGUUAUCAACAAUACCACCAUCACUAUCACAAUCAACAUUCAGUACUACAGUGAAAAAACAAGUAAAUCAGAAGAAACAGCACGAACAACAACAUCAACAUCAAAAAGGACACCGUGACCAACAAAAAGAAAGAAACGUAAAUUCAACGGAUAAGAGAAAAGUUGUGCUUACAACUACAAAAUCUAUUGAUAAUGAAAUGAAUACCAAUAGUUCAAUUACAGUUCAAAUACCAUUAGACGAUAAUAACAAAAGUAAUAAGAACAAUAAAAAUAAAAAAUCUGGAAAUAUAUCAAAAACUAAUAAGCCAGUCACUGAAAAAUCUUCGCACAAUAAAAAUACAGCAAGUAUGCUUGGUAAAAUUGAUAAUAAACAAAAUAAGAAUUUAAGAAAAAACCACAGCUCCUUUAAUAGAAAUAGCAAUAAAACAAUUUUUAAUUCAACUACAAGCUCACAAAGGCAACAGCAGAAAAAAAAUUUGCAACAGCAAAAGCAACAACAAAACUCAAAACAGUAUAAACAAAACAACAAUGGCCUCAAUGAAGUUAUACGAUUCGAUAACGAUGUAGAAGAAAAUCAUAAACACGACACAAUAAAAGAUAAUCAUGACAAAGAAUCUAAUAUUAUGACAUUUGGUCAGCAAAAGCCAAAUUUAUUAAAUGCGAAUUCAGCGAGAACUACAAACAAUCAAAACGAAACUACUGAAAAUGAAUUGUCCACAGCAUCAUUACACCCAAUACCAACUACAUCACCCACAUUACUAGAAAACAGUAAUCAACAAUAUUAUGUAGAUGAAAGGAAUUUUAUAACAAAAGAUCAGAACUAUAACAUUAGGCAAGAACGGGAACAAUUUUAUGAUAAUAUGAAAACAACUCAACAAAAUCAAAAUAAUAACAUGAAAAUAAAUUCUGUUGAUAUGAAAUUAAAUGAAAACCAACAGGAGCCACAACAAGAACAAGAAUCACAAAAACUAUUAACAACUAUAUUAAACCAAAACCCCCUUUUGAAAAACUCCAUAACUAAAAAGUUUAAUCAGAACACAACAAUAUUAACUGGACAAAAUCCUGAAUUAUCUGAUAAGAAUUCAAUCGAAAUUGAGAAAAAAUAUUCUGAAGUAUCAGCAACAUCCCCAUUGACAACGAAUAUCGUCGACAUUAAAAUACAAGAACAACCAGAAAAUGAAAAUUUAAUGGAAAAUUCAAAUUUAUUCAAAGAUAAAAAUCAGAUUAAAUUUACUAGUGAAGAUAGUAAAAAUUCUGAUGAUACAACAAAAUCUUAUGAUAACUCUAAUCCUAUUAUUACAACGUUAAUAUACUCUGACAUACCCAAUCAACCAACAAUAGAAACAGUGACACCAGCAUCUAGUUCGGAUGACCAUUACAAUUUAAAUGAAUUUUAUUUAAAUCAAAAUGAUAAUAAUAUCAUUAGAAUGAAUUCUAAUAUAAUACCGGAAACAACAACAGAAAUAGCAUCCUUAAAUGUAAUUUCAAAUUUAAUCUCUGAAAAUAAUGAAUUUGAAAUAUCACGCGGUGGAACAACAGACGCAACAAUAUCAACAAAAUUUACAUAUUUCAAGCAAAUUCCAAAUAAACCUAAUGGAAAACAAAAUGAAAACUAUGAAAAUAAAAAUUUUCAAGAAAUAAAAACAACCGGAUUAUCAUCAAAAAAUUCAAAUGUCAAAAACAAUAAAGAAGAAUUUAAUGAAAAUUUAAACAACAUUAAUUUUACGCUUCAAAAUGAUGAAAAACAACAUUUAAAUAUAUUGUCAACAUUACCAAAAGCAAAACAAUUAACAUUAACAACAAAAUUACCUUCAUCAAUAUCAACAACAUUGUCACCCUCUUCCUUACCAUCUAUAGAAUCAUUAACAAACGGAAAUUUGAAAUCCAAUGACAUGACAUUAAUGUCAUUAAUCAGUGAUAUGAAUCAACAUCAAACAACAAAUAAUUCAAAAAUGACAUUUAUAACGAAUACAGAAGAAAAAUUUAACAGAGUUAAUGAAUAUACCAGUAAUAAUGACAGUAUUUUAAAAAAUAAUAUUCUUAUGCCAACAACAACAGUAACGUCUAUAAAAACCACCCCUAAUACCAAUACAAUACAAGAUAGCAAUUUUAAUAUUGUUGAAACAACUACUAUACCACCAGAACAGUUACAUUCAUCAACGUUAACUGAUAUAACGACAAUAAUAUCUAAUAAAAAAAAUUUAAAUUAUAGAAAUGUUAGUAGAUUUGAUGACACCCAUAAAGGUGGAAACAAUAAUAACAACAAUAAUAAAACCAACAUUAUUAAUAAUAGUAAGAAAAACGGUAUAAAUCACAUAAAACUUUAUGAAAUUGAAAGUUUAAUGGAUGAUAAUCAUGAAGAUGUUGAUAGUAUUGGUAACACCGACAGUAAUAAUAAUAAUGAAAAAUAUUAUUUUAAUACUGAUAAUCAUAAAUAUUUUCUCAAUCAUUAUCACAAUGAUGGAAUAUUAAAUUAUAAAUCGCAUGAAAAUCAUAAUUAUAAUAAAGAAUUAUCAUCAUCACCGUCAUCAUUAGAAAAAAAUAUUAAUUUUGAAAUAAAACAGCAACAAUCAAAUAAUAAUAAAAAUAAUAAUCAGGAAGGUAAUGAAGAAUUUAUUGAAUUCAAAAAGGAUACAACAGAACUUGUUAAAUUGGAACAUCAACAUUUAAUACCAAAAUCUAUUUUACACUUGAAAAACAAUGACGAUAUUGAUGAUGAUAAUAAUGAUAAAACUGACAGUGAUGAUGAGAAAUCAACGCAUGAAAGUGUUCGACUUCAAUCUAAUCGAAAUCAAUAUUUUGAAGAAAAUGAACAACAAAGUACUUCAGAUAUUUUUCCAAAGAAGUAUAAUGGACCAUCAUUAUCAAUACAAAAAUUUACAACAAUGACAAAACCAGGAAUAAAAUCUAACCAGCAUAAUACAAAAAGAUUUAAAUUAAGUGAAAAUGAGAAACCAAACGAUCAACGUUCAUCGACAGUAAUCAUCAAAAGUAUGAGCUCAAAUACCAGUGAGAACAAAUUGUUUAAACUGCAACAAAAUAUAAAUCUGAACGCACAAUCUUCAUCACUGCCACAACAAUCAUCUACAUCAACAUUAAUAAACCACCCUGAACUGCAUUUAUUUGAAAUCAAAGAGCGUAAAACUAUUAUAACAGAGCCUCCAUUAUCGUUGACCAAAGAAGAGACAUCAGAAAUUUCUACAAAAUCAAUAAACAAAGAUGAAAUAAUAUUUCCUGCAUUAAUAACACCAUCAGAAUCUCACCAUACACCCAAUCAUAUGACAAUAAAAGCAAAAUACAAUUUAAAUGGCAAAUUAGAAAAAAAUCAUUCAAAAAUCAAUACAGAAAUACAUCAGUAUCAAUCAAUUUCAUCAUCUGAAAUGCCUACUGAAAAUCAUCAUAGAAACAAACCAGUAAAUUCACAAACCAGAAAAAACGUAUCAAAGAAUUUUGCACAGAUAUCCAAAUACUCGACUAAUACUGAUACAUAUGACAAUCAUCAUACUACUUCACCUAUUACAGCAAUAACAUUCGAAAAUGUUAUUGAACCCAUUACUAUGAUGAUGAUUGCAGAUGAACCUAGUAUAAAACAAUUUAAAUUGGAGCAUGAAACUGAAAAUCAAAACAAGUUAUCAAGAGUACAAGAUGAAAUCAAUAUGAGUGAUGAUAAAUUAAUGCACCAGCAUAGUGCACAUACUAGUAUAAAUAGCAGAAAGGAGAACAAAGAUAGUAAAAAUAAUAAUGUUUCGAAUACCAGUUCCAGUAAAAAUUUAUCCGCAUUGAAACUUCAUAAAAAUAAUUUAGAUAGUAUUAACAAACCAUUGGUAAAUGCAAUUGAACCAACAACUAUUGGUUCACUCAACAUGUCAUCUAAUAAAAUUAAUGAAACUAGCAACUUAAAUAAAUUUAUUAAAAAUAAUAUUGAUGAAAAUUUAAAUGCUUCUUCUUUAAUAUCAACACAAAAAUAUUCUACUAAGGAUAAUCUAUACAAUAUUACUAAUAAUAAUUUAACAAGUUAUAUUGCACAAUCACAUGAACCACAACAUUUACAUAAUAAUGAAGCAAAGGAACAAAAAGAAAAACAACAACUGCAUCAAUUACAUGAAAAUGUUAAUGGUGGUAUGCCACCCGAACAAUGGCUAGAAAUACGAAAAAAUCCAGAAGCAAUAAAUUUAAAUCAUCCAGGACUAUUCAUUGUAAUUGGACUUACAUUUGGAAUUUUAUUGUUAUUGGGUUUAAUGCAUGUAUAUCGAUGUCAAAAGCAUCAACCAUCAUCAUGGCAUCAUUACUAUAAUAGUAAUAACAAUAAUAAUAACAGUAGUCGUUCUAAUCUUAGAUACCAGGAUUAUUUUAUACACAAUAGUGAUAGUAGUCGUAGUAAUAGUAGUGGUAACAAUAAUAACAGCAAUCAUCAUAGCAGUUAUAUUAAUAAUGAUAAUUUACAACAAAUAGAAAAACAACAGCAAUAUUGUCAGAAUAAAAAUAAUUUUUAUUAUAAUCAUAAUUUAAAUGAUUAUCGAUCCAAUAGUAAUAGAAAUAGAUUCAUUAAUAGUAAUGAUGAAGAUGAUGAUAUCAGAACAUUUAGUCAAUUACCUGAUGAAAAUACUUUAAAUGAUUAUUAUAUUGAAAUGGAUCAUUCAAUAAAAUCGGGAAUUGUUUCACAUUCAACAGUAUCAUCGCCAUCGAUAUCAUUACAAAAUAGAAAUCAUCAUAAUCUAAAUGAAGAAAUUCCAGAAUCAAUUGAAAUUGAACGCAAUCAUUUAGAUAUUUCUAAUGAUGGUAGCAUACCAAUGGAAUUAUUAAAACCACCAACAAAUUCAUUUAAAAAUUUAAAAAAUAAUUUAAAUGAUAAUAGUGAUAAUAUCAGUAAUUGUAGUGGAGAUACAAUACAUACUAGUUUCUUUGGUGGAUCCGGUGGUAUACAUAGUGGUAAUGGAACAAGUAAUGAUAAUAAUAGUGGUAACAGUAUUAGAAAUAAUGGAAGUAGUGGUGCAGAUAUUUUAAAUAAUUUAAGAUUUAAUCGUAUUCAAAAUAAUGUUAGCUUAUAUAAUGGUAAUAGUAGUAGACCAAAUGAAAGAAAAUUAUUUGACAAUGGUUCUACAAAUAUAAAACCGAAUAAAAGAUUUUGGUGACGACCGUUUUCAAUUAAAACCAAUUUAUAUAAAACAUUUAAUUGAAAGGAGAAAAUAUAAUAUUAUAAAAAUAAAAUAUAUUUAAUUACAUAAUAGCUUAUAAUAUACUUUGUAUUUUUUUUUUAAUUAAUUUCUAAAAUAAAUAAUAAGUAAAAAUAUUAUUAAAAAUUUAUAGUGAACACAAUAAGAAAUUCAUUCUU